AUGUUAGAAAUCACGUGUAACGACCGUCUGGGGAAAAAGGUCAGGGUGAAGUGCAACGAAGAUGAUACCAUUGGAGACCUCAAGAAGCUGAUUGCUGCUCAGACAGGAACACGAGCGGAUAAGAUUGUGUUGAAGAAAUGGUACACCAUCUUCAAGGACCACGUGACCCUUGGCGAUUAUGAAAUUCAUGAUGGGAUGAACCUGGAGCUGUACUACCAGUGA